AGAAUUUGACUUCGACCAAUCAGCGACUAGCGUGUACAGAUAAUGAAGUUUUGCUCUAAACUCUCGGAAAUUUACUCAAAUAGUAAAAGAAACAGAUCGUGUCAACACGGAAUUCAUAUUCUAAGAAACUGACAAAAUGUCGUACACAGCUCAGACCAAUAAGACGGUCUUUGACCGCUACAUGGACCUGCCCCUGGACAAUAAGGUCAUGUGUGAGUACAUCUGGAUAGACGGCACGGGGGAGGGGGUCCGCUCCAAAUGCAAGACCCUGGACUUUGAACCCAAGGAUCCCAAAGAGUGCCCCAUUUGGAACUACGAUGGCUCCAGUACAUACCAAGCUGAGGGAUCAAAUUCGGACAUGUACCUCUACCCCGUGGCCAUCUUCAGAGACCCAUUCAGGAGGGACCCAAAUAAACUGGUGCUGUGUGAAGUCUACAAAUACAACAAAAAACCAGCAGAAACAAAUCGUAGAAAGACGUGUAAUGAAGUAAUGGAACAGGCCAAAGAUAAGAAGCCAUGGUUCGGAAUUGAACAGGAAUACACACUGUUAGAUACAGAUGGUCAUCCGUUCGGCUGGCCCAAAAAUGGUUUCCCAGGACCUCAAGGUCCAUACUACUGUGGAGUGGGAGCUAACAAGGUGUAUGGACGUGACAUCAUCGAGGCUCACUACAGGGCUUGUCUGUACGCUGGGGUCAAAAUUGCUGGUUGUAACGCAGAGGUCAUGCCCGCCCAGUGGGAGUUCCAAGUGGGUCCCUGUGAGGGAAUUGCUAUGGGUGACCACCUCUGGGUGGGACGCUAUUUAUUACACAGGGUAGCUGAAGACUUCGGAGUGGUGGUGACCCUUGACCCCAAGCCUAUUGAGGGAGAUUGGAAUGGUGCUGGGGCUCAUUGUAAUUACAGUACCCUCCCCAUGAGAGAGGAUGGGGGAAUCAAACACAUUGAGGAUGCCAUAGAAAAACUAUCCAAACACCACGUCAGACAUAUAAAAGCUUACGACCCGAAAGAAGGAAAAGACAACGAGAGGCGUCUGACAGGAUUUCACGAGACCUCCAGUAUCCACGACUUCUCCGCGGGCGUGGCUAAUCGCGGUGCCAGUAUCCGAAUCCCCCGUAAUGUAGCUGAGGAUAAGAAAGGCUACCUUGAAGACAGACGACCUUCAUCUAACUGUGACCCUUACUCCGUAACAGAGGUCAUAGUCAGAACCACGUGCAUAGACUAAGAGACCAAUCAGCUGACUUGUUUGUUUCUGUGUAUUGUCCGGUAUGUUUUAUUUUUGUGUAAUGUGGAAAAAAAAACUUGGAAGAGAUCAUUAUAUAUUUCCUACAUGUAUGUUGAAAACCAGGCUUCUAUUUUUUUUUUUUUUGUACAGUGUUCAUAUUUUUUGUUUUUAAAAUUAGAUUUUUGUAUAUAUCUAUGCAUUAUGUUUUUUCAUAUAAGAUCUGCUCUUCAUACCAUUGAUUCAUAAAUCAUAUUGCAUAAGUUAUGUAUGUAUAUUUUUAUCUUCAUGUAUAUAGUUUUAGCAAAUCUCAUUUUACACAACUGUAUCUGACGAAUCCAAUGGAAUCUCCAAGGUGGGCUUCUGUGUUAUUAUGAAAGGUGACUAUAUGUAUGUAAAUGAUUAUAAAUUGUUACUUAAAAUUUUAAAAA